CAAAAAAAAAAGAAAAACUAUAAUAAGUUUCCCAUUAAAAAAGGCAGAAGGAAAAGAAUUCUGAGUGAAGGAAUGCAAAGAAUAGAGCUGUGUGGGGAAGUGAAAACCAGCAGGGGUGUGGGGAUUCUAGGAUUUGCUAGAGGGAUCCCCCCUGUCUGCGUGCCUGUAUAUAUUUUUACAUCUUCAGCAUAUAUAGUAACUUGCUUCCAUUCCUCCUCUUCACUUUCUCCAUCCCCUCGUUCUGAGCCUCUUUUGUCUCUGCACUGAUCCACUUUAGCUGAAUCCCCUGGCUCUUGCUCUCCUUUCUUUAUUUUUGUUCCAGCCUUUUAUUAUUUAAUCCAUAACUUCCUAUCAUUCUCUUUCUCUGUCACUUAAUUAAGUCCUUCUUUCCUUUACUGAUUUUACUCUUGUUUGUUUAGUGCUACUUAAGUACUUCAAUAACUUUUCUGGCUGAACUUUAUCCUCCAUUCUCCUGUUUCUUUCCUGCAUCUUUUUAAAUCCAUCAUUUUUUUUGUAUUGUCCCUGCUGUUCUCUUCUUCCAUUAUCUAUUUACUGACCACGUUUCUGUCACCUAUCUCCGCUCCUUUCAGUCCCCAAAUGGGGGCUGCAGUAUGUCAGGAUGGCGAGCUGGAUUUUCGUCUGAUUUUUGGCGAAGAAGAUUCCGAGGCCAAUUCUCCAAGAGGCACACUGCAUGCAACCGAUCAAGAAUCUGAUGAGCCUUCCCUAUGCCAUGAAGUUUCCUCUGAUUCUACAGUAACCCUUAAUGCACCUCUUAAUGCUGGAGAAAAUGGAGGGGGAAUAGCAUGUGUACCCAGGGCUGGCAUGCACUCCCCACCUCCAAGACGUGCCUCUGAACAAGAUCUGAAUGGAACAUAUCUAAGCCAGCCAUCGCGUUUCAUCCCUUUAGGGGGAUCACGUUUUAUAGAGUGUCCCAGUAUACGCAUCACUAGUGACUCUCCAGGAAACAGUGAUGGGGAAUCAGAGGAGCAAAGCAGAAGGGACCUAUGGGAUGAUAGACCCCCACGGGACCAGCUUUUCCUUCCUCCAGAUCCAUUUGGUUACCGUGAAUCCUUCUUGAGCCCUAGUCCAGCAAGUAGCCAUUCUUCGUGGAGUUUUUUGUCCUCUGAAGCCUCCUCUUGUGAUUCUCUGGGGCAGAUGUGUGAGGAGGUUGAGAGAGAACUUAAUGAGGCUGCCUCACGUUUCACUUUGGCAUCCCCCCUUGGAUCUCCAAGGGGUUCUCCAAAACCAUGGUGUGGGCAAAAUGAUGAUUUUUGGUCAGUAAGUUCUGUUUCAGGACCCUCACCUUCACCACGUGAAGAGUUGCUCUUGCCAUACCCACAUGCCCAGGUAUCCAGACCUACAUCCCCUUGUGGAAAAAGGAGAUAUUCAAAUUCUAAUGAAGAAGGUAUGCAGCAAACUGGAUCUCCUUCCCCAGCCCACUCUCGAAGAGGCAGUGUUGGUGAAGAUAAUAUUGCAAUAGAAAGAGAUGCUUCUCCUAAGCCUUGUGAUCAUAACCAGCAACCUAUGCCAACUCCAACUACGGAGAGAGGAGAUAACAUACCACAAAAGGCCAGGAGAACCUCAGCAGAACAGACUGUGGCCCCAGUUAGACCUGAGGAAUCUACAAGCCCCGUAAAAACCUCUCCACCAGGAACUUCUUUGUGUGAGGAGACCACUGGUGUUUUCCAUCAAAACAGGAAAGAGAAUGCAGGAAUGGAUUAUCUUGCAGUUCCUUCAGCUCUGGCCUGGUCAAAAGCUAGGGUUGCAGGGCAAAGUCCAAUAUUCAGGUCUUCCUCUCUGCCCCCUUUGGAUUGGCCUCUGCCCAGCCAAUUUGAGGGAUUGGAGCUGAGAGUAGAGAUGCAACCACGAACUCAUCACCGUGCGCAUUAUGAAACAGAGGGAAGUCGGGGAGCUGUGAAGGCUUCUCCGGGGGGACACCCUGUAGUAAAGCUCUCAGGAUAUAACGAGAAGCCAAUUACACUUCAAAUGUUUAUUGGCACCGCAGAUGAACGCAACCUUAGGCCCCAUGCAUUUUACCAGGUUCACAGAAUCACCGGUAAAAUGGUGGCAACACCGAGUUAUGAAGCACUGGUGGGAAGUACCAAAGUGCUAGAGAUGUCUCUCCUUCCCGAGAACAACAUGUGUGCCAAUAUAGACUGUGCUGGUAUCCUGAAGCUUCGAAAUUCUGACAUUGAGCUUAGAAAAGGGGAAACAGACAUCGGUCGGAAGAACACCCGGGUCAGACUUGUGUUUCGAGUGCAUGUUCCUCAAGGCGCUGGGAAAGGCAUUUCAUUGCAAGUGGCCUCCAUACCUAUAGAGUGCUCCCAACGCUCAGCGCAGGAGCUUCCCCAGGUGGAGAAUUACAGUCUUAGUGCAUGCUCAGUGAAUGGCCGGGAAGAACUAUUGAUCUGUGGCUCCAACUUUCUUUCAGACUCUAAGGUCAUCUUCCUAGAAAAAGGUCCAGAUGGAAAGUUACAAUGGGAAGAAGAAGCGAAAGUUAACAAGCUGAAGAGCAAUGAGUCUUUGUUGUCUGUGCAAGUCCCUGAAUACUGUAACAAGGAAAUAACACGACCUUUGCAAGUCUAUUUUUACAUCUCUAAUGGGCGCAGGAAGAGGAGCCCCAUGCAGAGUUUUCGAUACUUACCCAUUAUUUUUAAGGCAGAGCCUUUGCCUGAACUUGCCCUACACAGGUUCCCCUCUUCCUCUCUGACAAAUUCGUGCCACCUUUCAGUAGAUUCAGGGCAGAUGGAACUUAGCACCUCCUUUUUGCCUCCAUUGCAGUCUAACUUGGGGGACACCCCCAUGGAGGUCUCACCUUAUUACACAUCUCCACAUUCAGAGCAUAUGUACCAAGGUGACCCAGACUGUGCUGUUGGCAGCAGCUCUUUCAUGGGAUGCUAUUUCAAUCCUCCGGUACCUACAGAUUUCAAAUGUCCUCCAUCUUAUCCUGAGAAUGGGAGUGAAGUGUCACUGUCAUUGCCCUUCCACUCUAACUCCAAUCCUGCUCUCCCUCCCAGUCCUGUGCCUUGGUCUCCACAACCCUGUUCAUCCCAUUCUGCAUGUGCCUCUACAUUUGGGGGACCUUUGUUACCCCACUUAACUCAACCCAGCAAAUUAAAUGAAACACUUGCUGUAUCACAUGAAAAUUAUUCAGCUUCCCCAAACCUGGCAGCCUUGGAAUUCGAUGCCACUGCCCAUCCCUUCUCACCUGCUUAUCAACCCUUUACAACGUGUGCACCUCCAUCUUAUACCACUUUGGGUGAUGGGGAGAGGUUGGGUCCUACACAACCUGUUGAGUCUUCCACUCUUCCAAUAGUGAGCAGAGUGGAUCAGUGCACUCCAGUCCAACAGUUUCCUUCAAAUGCUCUCCCAGAUCACCAAACUAAUCAUUUAAAUUCCCAGGUACAGAAGGGCAGAGCAGUAUCUCAGACAGUAUUUGCAACUCCGUCUCCAAGUUUGCCCCCAUCAGAAGAGGAGACUGCACCCCAAGCAUUUGCUCCUACUUUCCAUAACUUAUCCUCUUGCAGAGCUUCUUCACUCACUUCCCUUUGUCCUUCUUCACAUCCAUCUCCCUUUUCAUCUCCUUCAUCCCCCUCUAUAUCCAUCAAUUCUAAUCAAAGUUCAGAGCUGAAUCGAAAUGGUACCCAGGCCCUAUCUCCUAACAAGAAAGACAAGGACGUCUGUUUCCACCAACUUUCUGAAGAAUACCCUAAUUCCACAAACAGCACCGAGAAAGGAAAGGCAAAAGAGGAUGGGCAAGAGUUUGAAAGAACAUUUCAUCCCAUACCUAUCCAGGGGAUCACGCUGGAAGAAGUGAGUGAGUUUAUAGGCGAAGAUCUGCACAGCUUUCCAGAGCCGCCUCAAGAGGAAUAAUGCAUGAUGGCACCAAACAAUACCCAAAAUGGUCUUGGCCUUCUCAAGCUGCUCUGUCAAGGGCAGGGCUGGCUACUGUCAUCAACCUUUCCAGAAAAUAAAUCUACUAAAGGCAGGCAAACCUGCCAUAUUCUUUUUGGCUUGUCCAUUAAUUCUUCCACGUCCCUAAUGUAAUUUUCUGCUGUAGCAUAUUGUCCUAUUGAAAUUUCUUCUCUAGAAUAUUUUUUUACAGCAGAAUGUUGUUGGAAAGGCCAUGAGUGUGCUCUGUAUUUUUAUGAGUAUGCAAAGAUUUGGUACUUUGCAUCUUUCACUACCCCUUUAUCCAUUUACGAACUAGUCAAAAAACCUCAUUCUGCCAAGCAUUGCAUGUGUGAGUGCACUGACUUUGUGGGCAGCACUGAUUCUCAAAGCAUGAACCAAUGCAACUAUAUACAUCUGUUUUAUAUUUAUACCUAUUUUUGGGUCUGUUACAGUGGCAGUUCUUUAAUAUAGCUCCUCCUGUAUAUAAAGAUUCUCUCUGGGUUACUACACAGCUGGCAUAGCUCUGAACCAUUCCAGAUAAGUGGGAAUGGAUUUUGCAGCAGAGUCUUGUUUUUUUAAAUCUGCAAUAGAAAGAAAUACACAAAAAAUGCUUUAUUCAGCAACUUAAGCAGUUGUGGAACUUAAAGUUGCAUUGGCCUUAUUCAGAAUUUGGUUUCACGCCAUCUAUCAGGGCCUGUCCUACUUAAGUUGCUGUCUGUAGCAUUGAUGCAACAUGCUUCUUUCAUAUGAUAUAGCAUUUAUGUGUAGAACAUGUACAUGUGUUUACCAUCAAAGACCCUCUGCUAAGUGGAUUACAAUGUAUAUUUAUAUAUAUAUAUAUAUGUAUUAUUUGUAUUAUUUUAUAUGUGCCAGUUUGGCCUUUUGUAUGUCUAUGUUUUGCAAUGGAUUGAUUAAAAAGAUGGUAAGAUAUGUUUUUUUGCCUGUG